CGCAGUAAAAAUUGUCGACAGUCGCCCUAUGUAGCGUACACUUGACAGUUUUUCAUUUGAUAUAUAAUUCAAAAAAUAACUACCAUAUCUAUGUAUCAAAUACCAAAUUGUCAAGUGUAUGCCACAUAGGGCGAUUACUGACAGUUUUCACUACGAAUAGCAUUAUUCUGGCAAUAUGUCCCGACCCCACCUCUCCCAAAUCUGGCAGAUUCCCUGGUUAGUCGAAGAAUCGGAACGAGACAAGGCAGGAACAUGGUCGUGGUGUGGUGACGACGGUUAGCCUGUCCCAUUAGUCAGUGCUAGAUAUGUGAGACCAAGAUCUUUAUUUUGCCAUGGAAAUUAACAGGUGGAAGGAUUUAAUUUUUACCAAAAUGGUUGUUGAAUGAGUAAUUCAGUAUACAUGCAUGAAUCAUGACGGGUUUUUACCGUAUAAACUUUUUGUAUCACUUUUAUCUUAGUGUGUGAUCUGGUUCAGAUAUGUUACUUGCUUUGCAAAUAUUUAGGCCAUUUUCAUUUUGAUUGUGUCUUUAUUAAAGUAUUGGAUUUCGCAGGAAGGAGACGUAGAUUCGCCUCAAGAGUCAAGUCCUCUUGGUUUGAAACUGCGAAAGACGCCAUCUUUUCUGAAUUUAUUGGAGAUGAAGUUAUCCCAAUGGAAGAAAGAAGAUUGUUCAUCGAAGAGCAAUCUCAGAAUUGGACGACAGAGUUCUAAAACAAAAUUUGACGAGAAAUUAAAAGCCACGAACUUCGCUGCAAUUUUACUUAAAAUUGGAAAUUGGCAGUGGAUUUCUGAGCAUGAAGGCGAUUUGACAACAAAGUUAUACUAUGGAAAACACAAAAUGGUUUGGGAAGUAUUGGUUGGGGCACUAAAGAGUAAGAUUGAGAUACAAUGGUCUAAUAUUACUGCUAUUAGAGCUAUUAUCCGUGACAACGAACCAGGAAUUCUCGAGAUUGAGUUGAACCAACCACCUCUGUUCUUCAGAGAAACAAAUCCCCAGCCUCGAAAGCAUACUCUUUGGCACCAAGCAUUGGAUUUUACUGGAGGCCAAGCUUCCACUUGCAGGAGACACCAUGUGAGUUUUGCUCCGAGGAUGCUUGAUAAACACUAUGAGAAGCUUUUGCAAUGCGAUCAACGAUUGUUCUCGUUAAGCCAGAAGCCCUUCCCUAGCCAGGAAUCUCCCUAUUUUGAUUCAGCUGUCAAUGAAGGUUCUAAAUCCUUUUUCACUUUGAACGGAUAUGAAUCAGAAUUUCUUCUUGGAAUGCAGUAUCCUCAUCGAACGUAUCCUGCUCCUUUCGUCCUUGGAAAGAUUGAAAACUUCAAAACAAUGACAAUGUCACCUACAAGACUAACUGCUUUUGAUCAGAGAGUUUGGAGCGAAGGAGAAAAUACUGAUUGGGAAGAAUCACAAGCCGAUUAUGUUCUUAGUCCACUGGAUUAUCUGUCAGUGGAAGAUGCUGGAGGAUUUAGUCCAAGUCGGAGAGUCCUAAAUGACAUUGAGAACCAUUUGCUAGAAGACAAUCAGUUUGUAUACUCUAAUGAGGAAACACUUUUCACAAAUGUGAAAUUGACGCGUCCAUUAAUUGAACCAUUGGAUGUGAAUCCAAUCAACUCAACUGUUGCAAAUCAGUUGCUUAUAAACUAUCAAAUCACUGAUACACAAGUAAUACAAAAUUUUCUCGAGAGGUCAAAGCCAGAUGGCACUGACUGAGAGCCUACGACUUGGCCAUCUCAUCAAGAUCCCAACGAAAGCUUAAAGAUGGAACCAGCAACGAACAACUCGCUCUAUCAAUACACGUUGCCAAUCAGAGAUUUUUCGACGCCAAAUGCCAUGCAAAACAUACAUAGUUGGGCUUAGUAUCUACGUGAGGAAGCUGAACAAGGGGAUUUGCAUAAUAGGGAUAAGUGUAAGCAUGUUGCGAUAAUCCCUUGUACGUCUCUACAUGUUUUUUAGCUUUCCCACCUUUCAUAGAGAUGGGAAUAGAAGUGCUCUUUUCUUUGGUGCAAUCUACUAGUUGGGAAAGGAGUCUCAAUUUCUUCACCGUUAAUGUUUUGAUUAAGACGAUUUUUUAGUUCAAUGUAACUCUUUUCUUUUUGUACAAUGCUCGGGCCAAAUAUUCAUGUUGUUUGAGGAA